AUGAGUUCAACCGAUGAAUUCUUGGCAGUCAGUACAUCUGGAAGUGAAGAUAUGGGGACGUCCGAUGAUAGAAAAUUAAUUGACCUGGAUUACGAUAACGAUGACACAGAAACUUUGUUCGACUCGGAUGAACUGAAAAAUGCAGGACAUCUGAAUCAUGAAAUAAAAAUGCUUUCAACAAAGCUGUUAGAAAAAGAGGUGGAAAUCAAAAACCUGGUUGCUUCCUCUAAGGCCAAAGAGGAAUAUCUUAGGGUAUGCCAGUUCUUGUUUGGUGCGAAACGUCUUUACUCUAUGAUAACUGCGAACUCAGUCGAAAUCUGAUUUCCUCGUUCCUUAUCCUCGUCUGGUCGAAAAAACCCUAUUAGGAUGUCCGCUAGUGUUGCAAUCAUAAAAUUCCUAUUUUUUUCCCAGUUGACACCAGUCCUGUUAAACCCCCUCAGCUCCUACGGGGCUUUGGUGGGCUGCGAGGGGCUAUCAUGAUAGCCCCUCGCAGCCCAGACACUGCAGAGUCUGGGGCGGGACUGUGGAUGGGCAUAUAACUCGUUAGCCCCCUAUAUCGCACAUUCAAAAAACGUAAAAUGUUCUAGCUGGAAAGCUCAGUAACUUAGGGUCAAGUUGACUUGAUCGGCCUAUUUAAAAAAACGCAAGCCAUAGUUCCUUGAGGUACAUUAAUUCCUCAGACAAUAUCAGCUCACUUUGCGAUCCACAAGUUGCUCAGAGGCAAAGUCGUUAGUCAUCGAAAUUCAAAAUAACAUAUGUGCUGUCAAUUAGAAAAAAAUUUAAUAAAAACUCAAGUUUUCUCUCUUUUUCCAAAAGUCGAUAGAUGUUAUUUUCAGCGACGCCGAAGUCGCGUUUUUUUCAGGACUAGGGUAAAUGGGGUCUUAAAUAUUGUGAAUACGACAUGUAAACAGUGAGUAAGCGUGAAAAAGACACUUUAUGAUCGCAUAUUAUGCUAGCCUCUAUUUUGAAACGAAAAAGAACGCUGCAUUAAGAAAAUAUCUUCUUCUGCAUAUUUUGUUUGGCUUAAAAAUAAAUGUGAUCGUAAGGAACCUGACAAAAUAAUGUCCUUCACAGCAGAGAGCGCUUGUACAAAUGAUCUCGGGAUUCUUAUUCGCUUUCUAAUCGAUUCGCUAAAAAUUUCCGACCGCGUCUGAUUUGCAUUUUGUGGGGGCGGGGGAGUGGAUCAGCAUUUAUUCGUUGUCGCUUGAGCACAGGAGAAGCUUAUCAAAGAUUUCCACUUGAUGGUUAGUCGUUCACUAUUCCAUAAGUGCUAAUUUCUUGGCGACUAGGUUCUUUUCAACCGAGUUGUUUAUUUUGUCAAAUACGCUCACGUCUAGAGAUCCGUAUAAGUUCACUGAUGAUCAUUCAAAUUAGUUUUCCGGAGCAGGAUGGAAUUGCAACACCCAAUAUUCAGGUUUAGUAAGUCUUUUCUCUUUGACAUUCAAAUAAGGGGCAUUAAAUCCACAAAAUUAAUAGGUUGACGACAAAUCACAUCAAGCCUACCUCAGAAAACCAAAUAGAGAGAUACCUUAUCAAUUGAAAUAAAUAGUGAAAAAAUAGGGUAAAGGGAAAUGCCCGAGUCCAUUACCAGAAACCGGUUUUUACUCAGAAAGGGGUUUGUUUUACACCACAUAUAGAGGUGAAUUUUCUUCUAGAAGCUUAAAAUGUCAGAAUGUCCCAUCAGCAAGUAUUGGAGGUGAGGCGCUAAACAUAUUUGUCGUAAAUCUUCUUCGGGUCUCCUGAAAUCUCCCAGAAUCACAAUUUUGCUGUGGUAAAAAUCCGGAUUAGUAUUAGUCGUGAUUUCCAUCGGUUGUUAUGUUUUGUGUCAAUAAAAUAAGUUAAAUUUGAUUCAUCGUACUCCCAACGGCGUGCACGUCAGAUGCAGUGCUGUGGAUAGCAUCAUGCUAGAGACAUGACCAAGCGCACUUAUAUAUAAACGCAUGCUACUGACACGUUAAUAACGAAAUGACACUUGGAAUAAUUUCACAGCCAAAGCUGAUUUUGUUUAUUUCAUAGUGCUAGUUUCUGCAGCUCUCUAACGACAUGCUUAGAUCACAUAUAAUAGAUUAUGAUGAUUUUGUCUAAAGUGUCAUGAUGUCAAAAUACCUUGUCCGGUGUACGUAAUACUGUUGUUAUUUUUUUUUAGAGAUAAUCGCUAUUUGAUGAAGGGCGACAUUUUGUGCAUGUCUGUAGUGCCAUAAUUUGUUGCGUCAGUUUGUCUUAUUUUACAGGAGCAGCUGGAGGCAAACAUGCAAUUUACUUCUUUGAAACUUUCAAAGGAGAGAAGCCUGACUGAGAGUCAAAGGGCCCUUCUGGCCGAGGCUGUUCAGCUUCAGAGAAUCCUUGCCGAAUAUCGUCUAGGAAUCACCUUUGAAAAAAAUGAAGUUCAGAUACAUUCACUGGAUGACGUAUUUUUGAUUGGGAGGUCGGACUAUGAACUUCUACAGACAAUUGCCUGGGAGCGUUUAACACUACUAGAUCUGCUAAAGUUCCGAGUUUUCCAGCUGGUAAGAGAUUACAUAGUUGUUUUUCAAGAUUCAUCCCCAUAAUAACGUUGUAUCACGUAUUUCAUCGUUAAAAAUAAACAUCCGUUUAGGCAUAAUGCAAACAUCUGUUUUUGAAGAAGGAACGUCGAAGUCUAGGUAUUUAAAUGAGUUUGACUAAAAGCAGUCCGGGCCAGUUACAGGAAAUCCAAUCUUAUGCGAAAUAACUCCCGUGGCAACUGACAUCGCGUCAGUCUAAUUCAGUGAACAACUGGGUUAAAAUCCGAAUUUAAGUCUGUGCGGAAAGGGAUACCAGUUGAACCGUGAACACUGUUUUUACCUCAACACCCUCAUCGUCCUAUUCACAUACCAAGAAGAGACCUAAAGUACCAUUGGGAGGGGCUUAUUCUGUGCAUAAGGAGACACGAUUGCUGAGACAAGAGCUUUAUUUGUCCGACGUUUCGGAUUCCUGCUGGAACCCAUCAUCAGAUAUAAAAGUAGAUACGGGUAGGUCGUGCACAAGGGACUGCAGUAUUUAUAGGAUGCAGUCGUCAUGCCACCGUGGCUCCCUCCUUCACCAGGGAUCUUUGCGCUUGGUGUGAUGACUGUUUGUCGGCCAGCAUUUGCGUCGUUAAUUGUUGCAAUUUCAUCACGUGUGUUGGGUGUUAUUGUGAUGAUUGCUCGACCAUCUGACCCACCGACCAUGGCGUUGGGAACAGUGUUCACUUGUGCGUUCCCCGCGUAGCUAAUUAUUCCGCCUAGGCGAAGUCUCAGCACUGGGUAUGGCAGGGGAAGAUCGUCGCACUUGUUGAUGGACUAUGGGCCAGUGAACAAUGACUCAACCAGCUCCCGGCUCAGGCGGUUGUCACCCCUAGCGAAAGUUUUGGCCUCGUCAAAUUUGAAUUUGUGGCCGAAUCUCGUCGAAUGAGCCUUACUCUGUACAAAUACUUGAAGGAAAGUCGUAGCAAACCAUGGUCGUCGACUGAUAUACAACCAAAACCGGGUAACUAUGAUGCUCCCAUGAAAGCCCUUGCUAGUAUCAGGUGUUAAAAUCAUAUAACUCGAUUGCCUAACACAUAUGCUUGGUUGAUCAUCCUAACGCGGUAUCCACCGCAAGCGGUGUUCACACGAAUAUCGACGUGGCUUGGUUUGGUUGAGGUGGGACCAGAGCCAAUUUCGUAAAUGACGACAAAAUACACAGAAAUAACUACUGCAGACUGUCCUGUUUUUCGCCAGUAUUGCCCCUCAAUAUCUGAUGCUCCCUAUGGGAUCCCGUGACCUAGAAAUUAUACAGCAUGUGUCGUCGAGUCUACAAGAUAUAACUCAAUCAGCUAAGGUAUAUGUAAAUCGUUCAUGCUUCUCUUAGACUUUCUAACGGAAGAAAUCAAUUUUAAAACAUGACUUUACAGGCUUCGACUAUGCAAGAGGACGCCACGAUCUGGCGAGCAAAAGAUGAGGCAUCAACGCAAACAGUCGAGGAACUCCAAGCGCAGCCGUCUUUGAGUGGAGUUGCCCAAGUAAGCAAAAGUCAGUUUUAAUAUCUUAUCUGCAUUUCAUACGUCUAACAGAAACCACUGAAUACUUACAAAAGUUCUUGCAGACUUUUAUGAAAAGCGUUGUAAUAGUGAUUUCAGGCGAUGCAUGCCUUUUUCUUCAUUUUUACAUUGCAUGACUUGUUGGAGUGCAAUUGCUGGAGUGAUCAUUGUAUGCAUCGACACGCAUGAAGGAAAAUUUAAAAUUCCCCAAUUUGGCUUCAAGACACGGCUACAAGUUUGCUAAUCUUAUUAGCACGGAACGUAAUCUGAAGUUGCGUCACGUAAAAUGACGUUAUAGGCUGUUUCAACGGCGUUGGGAAUAACUUAGGCCGAUAUUUGAUGCCCGUAUGAAUUCAACCAGAGAGUCCAAACUUUAAUUUUGUCUGUCCAUUUAAAAAUCACGUCCUUUAAAUUGCUUAACUUGAGACAGGAGAAGCAGUACAUGGAAAAAUAUGACUGCGACAGUUUUAAACAUUUUCAUGUCCGCCACGCAUAUAUAUUGAUGCUGGUUGCAAACGUACCCAGCGCAUCUGACCAUCUUUUGAGCAGCCAAAUGCCAAAAGCAGCUUGCAACUUUGGAAAACUCGCAAAAGAAAGGCAAAUCAGGUUUUUUGUGAAAACAUUCAUGUGCGUGUCCCGAAUAAGGCUUAAUUUCCUGUAAAAUUAAUGUGUUGUGCAAUGUGGCCGAGCCUACCUAGGCGUUUGAAGCCGCUGAAAGAUUACACAUAGGUUAAGUAUGGUUUUCAAGUACGACCAUACGGGCGUGUGGUAGAUGCGCUAGACCAACACGGGGGCCAUAUCGGAUUCUGGCAGGCGUUAUCGACUUGCGCACCAUAACAAAUGCCAACAUUUCGGGGCGCGGUGGCAGACCCGGUUGCCGACAGACGUCGCGCACACUGGGACCUCUGUCGCCCAUCCCCAUUGUUGCUGCUAAUCAAAAACCUGGUCAUCUGUUGUGUGGGCCAGGGGGUGUGGGAUGGAGCACCGAGGUGCGGGCUCGACCGUGCCAUUCACCUGCGCCCUCCUCCGCCUCCGGUCUUCUUGACUCUGUCCUGACACCGGGCCCAGGUGGGGAAGGAGGAGAAAGCGGUAGAUGCUGUGCAAGUCUACCAGUACUAUAAACUAAAUUUCUGUACAAGUCACCGUCACUGCUCUCACCGUGCUGUGGAGCACACGGUGGACAUCGUCGGAUGCGAUGGUGAGGAGCAAGUAGAUGCCCGCAAGUCUACUAUCAGUACAAACUAAUUCACGCGCCAGUCAGCGUGCCUGCUGCCCCUUGCUGCGUAGCACAUGGUGGACAUCGUCGGAAUCGACGGUCGAACUGUUUUUUUGGGGUGUGCAUGGCGAGGGGGGAGAGGCAGAGGAGUUACCUAAGCAAGCGAGUUAAGAUUGCGAUGAGAACUUGUCGGCCGGGAUUAAAACUACAGCGCGCGGGACAGCAGUCAGUCAUGCCGGGGAAGGGGGGGUUGUUGGGAGGAAGUGGGAGGACGGAUAUGGGAAUGGGGUUACGUCCAUUAUCGAUCCAUACCCUGGCAGUGUGAGGCUGAUCACAUGGUUCAGCCGCUUAGAGAGUUCUGCUUUCCUCCUCCGUUUUGCAGCGGCCUCUGCGAAGCGCAAGAGACGCCCGGUCGUCGCCCGAAACAGGACCCUAAAUGCAACUAUUGGGUCCACCGUAUGGCCCGUGUCCAUUAAGUGCUUUGUAAUUGAGCUCCUGGCUACCUUGUGUUCCGUCUUUAGCAGCCACUUCGACAUGUGUUCAGCUAACCGAGCUGCCAACUGCCUUUGCGUGCGCCCGGAAAACAGUGUUUCAAUAUACUGGCUUGGUCUAUACAACCAUUAGACACAAAACCCAGCUUUUACAGCAUUGAAAGGUAUUUUGGGCCAUGCUACAGUUUCUUUUAAUUAGCACAAGGAGAUUUUUGAUGAGAUCCAAGUCAGGACUAUUGGCGGAAGUAAAUAUGCUUCGUAAGCCACAGGCGGAAAAGUUGGUUGUAUUCCAAUAAACUAGACUAUGGUCGUAAUCUAAAUUAGUAUCAUACUCUCUUCUAGCCGUGAACAGGAGCAAAAUCCUGCAAAGUUUCAGUGUCCAAUCGACAUCAGUGGAUGCCGUUGUAACCGAAAGCACUCUUUACGGUUUCAAUGAACACCUUGCUAAUAAUGUUCUUAACUGUUGACCGCCAGGUCAGUCGCUCUCGGAAUUUGAUGGCCACCCAAGCCAUCAAGCGUCAAUAUUUCUUCAAAGUUGCUGCCGACGCAGUGUUAUCGUGGAAGUUCUUCUCACAUACAUGACCGCCUGGGCCGAUUACAGAGUCCUGUCUUAAAAUAAGGCCUCGUCACAAAAGCAAAUGAUUUCCCGCAAUAAAAUUUUGUAAUCGGUAGGCUUGUCAGUAAACAAAACUUACUCCGCUCCGUGGGAUUUCGCAUACCUGAAUCACACCGACUUUCAUGGACAUGAAAUUCCACUUUCUGUUUCCAGAAAGAACUUACUCAGAAGUUUUCUUGCCUAUAUUUAUGUCUCUUUAUAGCACAAGGUGAAAAAACCAAGAGACUUUGACCAACUCAACAUAAUUAAGUAGGUCAACAGCAUUGUGUCCAUCAGGUGCGGCUACAUAACCACAUCUUGCGUCAUGUUUAACCAGGAUUUUCGAUAGUUCAUGAAAGAGUUUUCUUUAAAUUUUGUUUUUCUUCGUGUAGCAUGACUUCUCAAACAACGUGAAAGCUGUUCCAGCUCAGGAUUCGCCCAGAGCUGCGACGCAAACCCUGAAAAAUGAGGAGAAUUUUGCAAUUUCCGGAGAACGCCAGCUUUUUCUACUGAAAGCAGACAACGAAUACUUAAGCAAACAGGUACUUACUAGGAUCCCUUUUUUGCACAAUCUAAUUUACUACUCAUCCAGCAGAUGUCAACUCUGUCACCGCGAGUGACGAUGCCCACCGCUUGCCCAUCAACGAGGGGGAGUGGAACGCAGCACCGGUGAAUUGUGCAUGAAUUAGUCCACAGUAAUGGCAGACUUGCGCAGCACCGGCCUCACUCUCUCCUCCCCCACUCACCUAAGCCGGGUGUCAAGACUGAGCCGGAAAAAUCGGAGGCAGGAUCGAGCGCAGUGGUUAGCAAGGCUGAACAGCCCGUCUGCAUGAGCCGGCCACACGUGGUCCACGUACGGUCGACCAGGUUUUCACACAGAAACACGAAAGCGCGACCCGGAUCCCAAAUUAGUCCGGAUGCCAUGGAGGCCACGUUAGAAGAGGUUAUUGGGGUCUGGCGCUACGUCCUGACAGGAGGGUCGAGUUAUCCCAUCAGUUGUCCGCCUUCCAAACCAGGACUGUUCUCACACCGAUAAUGCCAUUCUGUCUACAUUACGCGCUGCUGUGUGACCGCUGAAAGGACUCGAAAGAGAGAGCCCCAAGCACAACGGGACGAGUGAGUUCCGUAAUGCGAUCAGUGCGCUCCAAACCGACAGGACAAAUAACCCGUGUUUCAGUGGUUAGAGCGCUGGACCUCUAACCCACAUGCCGUGAGUUCGAACCUGGGAGAUUGAAUAAAUCAGGGUUGGGUAUGACUAGCUGAUAACGGCUAAGAAGCCAGAAAUGACCAUUCCAGUUUUCUUGCCUUUGUCGGUGAUGCCAUUCUGUUUUCGCAUCGUUAUAAUUUAAAGCGCGUUUGACUGUUUGUAGUGAGAAAAUGCCCUUAAUUGUCGGGAGAACGGAAUGUUCGGAGUCGACUACAGUUCCUAUUCAUUCUCACAGGCACUAUUCACCUAUCCGAUCAUGCCUGUCAUCUGGUGCUGGGAUUAGGCGCGGCCCUUCUACGCUUGCCUCACACUACCUGGCCAGACACCAGGUUGAACCAAAUAACAUGUUUCCGACUGACAUGGAAGGCCCGGGUACUGAGCAAGUGGUGAGUGAUGUGGGCAGUCUUGUGUGCAGCGUAUGGGUUGGACGGACGAGUUACGUUGGUGGGGGGCUUGCAAUGCGUUGUCUUAUCACUGGUGUUCAUAGAGGCGCAUAUGGCCAAGUAGGAUGUGCGUGGGCAGUGUGAGCGGUUGAGGCAAGCGCUGCGUCCACACUGGUUCGCCUGCCUCAGUGCGAUAGGCUAGCAAGUGACCGACCAAGCCGAUGCGUUAUGCGAGGGCACGGUCGCAAUGGGGAUGGAUUAAGAUCUAGUUCACAUUGCACUUGCAUGGGACACUCGUGAUGGCGGUGCUGGGGUUUGUGAUGAGUGACAGGACGUUGAGAGCGUUCUCACCAGCGGUGGGGUUGUGUUGGCGGGCAGCGUAACAUCAGUAUUUGCUCGCCAGUAAUGGUGGUCGUUGUUAUCGUGGGGAUAAUAAUAAUUGGGGGUGAGGGUGGAGACGAUUUUGGAAACGGAAGGAGGGAGUGCUAUUUUAAUGGUACAUUGAGUUAAAAGAUGUCCUACCGAUUUAUGCGUCAAAUGUCCGUUGAUAUCGUGAACUUGAUGAAAGGGGUCGGUUGUUAGCGUUGUUAGUCCGAGAGAUUGGCGACUUAAGAGGCGCUCUCUUCCUUUUGGCAACAACGAACUGCCUAGCUUCGUACAUUGCUGUUCCUGUUUUCACUGCCCUUUUCCAAACCAGUCGAUCCUGGAUGAAGUCUACUCAGACCUGCUAGUUGAUUUGUAGAUUUGUGAAGGAGAUUUUCAGAGUGUACCCGUAAUGUUGUUUCUGCCCUCUAUGCCGAUGAGCCACUGUUACGACGUCGCCAUGGAAAAGUCGCACAGGUAGGUGCCAGUCAUCCGUCCCCAAGAAGUAACUGUAACAUCGUGGCUGGAUUUGCCUCGCUAUGGCGCGGAGGCUGGAGAUUCUGGUCCGUCCCAGGACCUCCGUGUCUGUGGCUUUAUCUUGUGUUUUUAGUCUGAGUAUUUACCGGAGACAGUUGGGCGGGAAUUGGUUGAACUUUUUGAGUUGACUGGCUUUGACUGUCGACGUCUCCGCACCAUGUCCUAGAACCUUCGCCCUGCGCAUCUUGAGUUUAAUGGUGAGUAGAAGUCCGCGGCGGUUCCAGACUUGCGGCUGUAGUCAGCUAAAGACCUAUCAGGCUUUGAAAAUCCGGUAAGCCACUUUGCCUUCUAUCUGGACACUCCUUAAAAUAAUACGUUUGAGGUAUGCGAACCUGCACACUUGCCAACUGGGUUCCUCUCCGUGUUUAGCGUCGAUUAGUGUAUGAAUACCGUCUUCUCCUUGUUCAUUGUCAGUCCCAAGUUCGAGCAACCGGGAGCGAAAUGGCCCCUCACUCCGCCGCAUGUGCCCUUCCGCUCCGACAUCUGACUUCCAGUCAUUCGCGAAUAAUAGGUCAUGGAUGCCAGUCUUAGAUACUCUAAAGGACGCCUUAAGGUGACGAAUGCUGGACAGUUUGCCAUCAUCUCGGUAGUUAAUGCCGAUCCCCGCUGAUCCUUACGGUAGGUGUCCGUCAUUAUGGCAGAGGACAUGAGACCAAAUAGGGUGUGUGCGAGAGAGGGAGAGAGAGUACGCAACCCUGCAUCAUCACGAAGGCCUCAAAUAUUCCAUUGUUUUCCGGGGCACGAUUUACCGCCCCAUCGUGAAGUUGACGCAGCACUUGUGUGAAAUCCUCCAGACAUCAAAAUGGCAAUAUUCUUUUUCAGAGUCCAUUGCGGUUGACUAAGGUGAACAACUUCUGAAGUACUGCACGUCUCGCCAGCGCUGUGUUGACAGCAGAUAAAGGUCUGCGACUGUCUCUGAUAACGAAUUUGAGUGAGAAUCCAAAACAUCAGGCCAAUAAAUUCCUUGUUCCAGUGCUCGCAUCUUCGAAGCUGUUCACAGAACAGCUUCGUUAAAUCGACAAAGGUAGGGUAGAGGCUUAUCCGUAUCUCUUGGCGCUCCUCCUGUUGUUGGCGAGCUGCGGAGAUCACGAUGAUGCCUUAGCGGCUCCUGUAAAACCAUAUUGACUAUCUGGAAGAAGUUCCUGCUCCUGUUGCGGGUUUAAACGGUUGAUAAGGGGGUGAGCAAAGAUUUUCCCUUCAAUGUUGGAUAGCAAGAUACCUCUGUGAUCGCUGAAGAAAGGUCGGUUUCCCUAGCGCCUGCAUGUGUGGACGAUGGUAGCGUCUUUUAAGUCUUGGAGGACUUUUCCUUGGCACUACACCUCCUAAAAAGUAACGUCAGCCUUUCCCCCAGCCGAGGAUUGUCGCGAUUGUAAGCUUCAGCAGAGGUUGUGUCAGCCCCUGGGCACCUGGUCUUUUGCAACGGGAUUGAGCGGUGAAGGCGGCGUCGGAUUUCACUUGCGGGAGCUGGCCAACAGCGUCAUCGGAGAUUGUAGAUAGCCGGUUGAGAACGCUCCCGAGGUACUAAAUCCAGCGCUUCAGAAGUUCCGAUUUCUUUGUAAUAAUUGUUGACCUGUAGGGGUUCAGCUGUGACGUUGUUCCUCUGGCCGCGUAGCCGUAGACAGUCUCGAUUGAAGCAUAAAAAAGUUAUUUAAGCCAUUGCGUUCAACGAAGCCCUUUAUCUCUGCAGUCUUAAGAUCCAUCGAAGUACUUUUCUUCUUACAUCAUCGAUGUUGCACCUGGCAUCGAGAUCGAAAGAAAGCUGCUUUGUUUACAUCGGAUCAGCAGUCGGCGUGGGCUGUAUGCCGACAGUUCAACCGUCGUUUCCGGCGAUGUCCAUCGUGUGCCCCUCAGCAAAGUGGAACAGGGACAGUAACUUGUGCGUGAAUUACAGUGGUAGUAGACUUGCGCAGCAUCUACCGCACUCCCCACCUGGACCCGGUGUCAAGACAGAGUCAAGAAGACUGGAGAUAGGAGAGGACGCAGGUGGAUGGUACGGUAGAGCCCGUGCCUUGCCGUCCUACUCCACACCCCUGCUCCACACAACAAAUGACCAGCUUUUGACCAAAAACCACAACAACACCCCAACAGUGGUCAGAAGGACGAGGAUGAUGACUGGGCAGCCAUGCCAUAACCUGUAUACCCAGCGGGAGCGCAAGCGCAUCUACUGACAGUGCACCAGGUGUCAGGGAACUGCCAUCGCAUACCAGGCUGUGAGGGCCAUGGUUUGCUGAUACUGGCAUAACACACGCUUCCAGACCUUUUGAUGGGCGACAUUCAGCCUCUUCUCGAAUAGCUGAUUUCAGAAUUCGUCGUCUUUGUUGUUGACCCAAUCCCGAUAUUGGCGCGUGCACGACCAAUGACUUCUGUGGGGAUGGAGUGGAGGGCGUUUUGCAGACAACGCCACCGAGUCUUCACAGUGGCGUUGUCGUCUGGAGCCGGAAGUUCUUCCAGAUGCUGGGCUAGCUGAUUGCAGCCUCUAACGGACUUUCUCUUCCUCUCCACCCGGCCCAAUGUCAUGACUGAGUCAAGAAGACCACUGGGGGCAUGGGUGCAGAUGGCUGGCAUGGUGGAAACCCGCACCUAGGCGUGUCACCACAUCCCCUUGGUCUACCACAUACAACUCACCAGAAUUUGACAGAUCCAAAAAGGGGGCGGUUCGGAACCCAACUGAGUGUGCGCGCCAUAGAUGCCACAUUAAGAGGGAGCCAUUGCAGCCUGACUCUCAGUCCACCCAGUUCGCCACUCCACACAAACGCACACUGGACUGACUGCGAGCUCCGAGUUACCCCGCCAGUUGGUGGUUUUUUAAGGCACGACUAUCGGCGCACCGUGAUAUCUUCAAGCGUCCCUUGUCUUUGUCGGUAAUAUCAUUCAGCUUCAAACGUGUCAUAUUUUUUACAGUGAGUAAUAUGCUCUGAGACUGCCGACCUCCCUCUCUUCCCUCUCCAAGACACCUGUCAACUGUCCCAGCCGGUCAGUCAUCUAAUGCGGGGGUCUGACGAAGCUAGACGGCCCAUCUGCGCAUGACACAUACGACCUGACCCCCUGCAAAACACGCCGAGAUUUCACACAGAGGAUUUAGACGACUCAGACUCCACAUGUGUGAGAGAGUGCAAUUAGAAAGGAGCUGUCGUAGUCUGGCUCUCAGUCCAUCAGACGGCCACUCAACGCACACUCAUACACUGGGUUGACUGUGUGGUCUGAUUUGAAUAGUCAUUUAGAAACCUAUUAAACCACGGCUUUUAGCUCACCGUAUGAUAAAAUACACCCACGCCCACGCCCACAUACCAGACCUUCGUCUGGUUUAGCCUGCUGGUCAAUGCGCUAUGCGGAGCCUGGCAUCGGCGAAAGGCACCUGGACCACUGCAGGGUGGACAGCCUCUACCAACUGCCGAGCCAGAUUCACCACUCAACAAGAUGUUGUGGAACUGGUAAUCCAUCGGUCUCAAAGUAAUCUGGCCCCCAUACUGGGUGUCCUCAUUGGAGGAUCCGGGCUAACUUUCGUCUUGUAUGAUCGAGCAAGUGAAAUGUCUAGAGUAGAAGCCAAGAGCGGUGUUUCGUCGUCUAAGUUGGUCGGUGCGUUACUGGGACCUCUGGAAAGUUAUGCCGGUCUCAAAUCCCCUAUCAGCAAACUUGACGCUGAUGAGAGGCUGUGGACCCUUUGCAUCAUGCCGCCAACUGCAACUCCAGAUUGUGGGGAGACCUAGCAUCCCCGACCAACUUUGCUGAAGAUCAGGACUGUUAGUGAAUUUUUCUGUUAAUUUGCUAACAGCAAUUUUGGAACUGCAACUGAGUCCGAACAGAGUAUUUACUCAACACACCCAGAACUCCAUCUGAAGUUUGCCAACUUCUUUUGGAUGUUUUCUCUGGAACCAAGCUGGCUAAAUAUGUUGGUUCUCCCGAAACUUGUCACUGUUUUCGGGACCAGCUAGAUAUGUGUGGUCUUUUCACAAAAUACUGUGUUAUCUCUAACACUUAGAGCUGUGGUCCCCUAACCAUGUAGCUAAGGUAUUUAACCAGAUGUGUGAUAGUCAUAGUUGCUAGAUAAGUAUGACCGUGUAACAUCGCUACCAUUGGAGUGUUCGGCAAGUUUCAGCUUAUCGGAGUCCGUAGGGGGUUCUUGGCCCAGAGACCCAUUUGAUGGCCUUCUUGCCUUCUGAAUGGUCUUGCACUAUCACCGCCAUCAGAGUACGAGGGCAAUAUCUGUAAUUUUGCGCGAUCGCUGCAACCCGAAAUCCUCUUGCAGACUCCCCCGUGUUCCGAGAUGGUGGAGGGACACGCUUUCUGACCCUACGAAUACCAAUAGGUGAAGCCCAUGAUACUGCAUGUACGUUUAGAUUUUGAUUAGGAGUAGCUAGACGUAAUGGUGAUGCAUGACUGUAGGCUUAAAUAUCCUUCUAUUAUCAGGUCGAAAUUCUGGCUGAGAAGCUAUUGCUGCUGGAAAAACAGAAUACGGAGCUGUCAGAAAGUGUUCGUCAAUUGGAUAAAGACAGUACAACAGCUCGAGCAUGCGCCUUGGCGGCUGAGAAACUGAACGAAGAUCUACAAGAGCGACUAAGGGCGUGCCAGAGGAGCCAGGCCUUCGACACCACCGACAUAUUAAACCAAAUCCGAGUAAGCAAUACACUUUGGAGUAUCCUUCUGAUUCUUGCUGUUUCUAUACACCAUUUCAAUGGCAAAAUAUUCCAGUUACUAAAAAAAGCACAUAGUAUUUAUUUUUCAUCUGUCAAACGCACCAAAUCACGUCGUCCGGAAGCGCAGAUUGAGGUUUCUCAGGGGUUCGUCUGGCUUGGCAUUGAGAGUGCACUUUCCUUCAAGGGACUCACAGUUUUUUCUACCCAUGUGUUUGAAUGAGUAUAAUACUUCUUAAUUAGGGCAGUUUAUGGGAAAUAAGACAUAUUAGUCCCACAGUUUGGAUAUGCGCAUGCUGACACCCGGGGUGGAAUCGGAGGUCGACAGUCCGUUCCCGUUUGGUGACAUACGUUUUCUGGCAACACGAGUUUCUCAAUUCCCGUAGUCAGUUAUAGCUUAAAAUAGUAUUGCUAUUCGAAAUCUUGAAGAGUGAACCGAGUUUAGUUCAGUAAGAAGUACGACUUGGAGAUUUAUGAUUGUUAUUGUUAUUAGAAGAUCUGUUUUUCAAAUGUAAAAACACAGAAUACAGAUGGAAUAGAUAUUGUGUCAGAGUCCUUGUUAGCAGAGAUGAUGGAGUAAAUAGCGUCAGAGUUUGUCUGGUCUCUCUAUGUGAUGCUUUUUCAAUCAUAGAUUGCUGUUCGCCAUGCGCAGACGUCAGGACUCUAGACGAGAGUUCCAAAACAGGACAUAUUGACAGAAUUCCGUCCUGAAACCAGGUCGGAUCGAUGAAUACCAACUUUGUGGAACAUAGCUCAGUUCUUAUGCUGGUUAGAAUUUCCUUGUCAAAAUAUAUAUGGUUUCGUUCGACUCCCCGUUCGCCAUGAAGUCUUGCUUUAGGCAGAAUGGCAUUGCCGACAAAGACAAGGAAGACAGGAAUGGCCAUUUCUGGCUUAUUAGCCGUCGUCAGCCAGUCAUACCCAACCCCGAAGUGUGAAACACCCGUGGCUCGAACUCGCGACCUGUUAGUUAGAAGUCCACGCCUCUAACCACUGGGCCACGAAACCGCUGUCCUGUCUUUCUUUAUUUCACAAAAGCAGCCACUAGCAACCAUGAAACUGAAAUAUAGACCCAAUGGGCGUCUAUCUCAUUAUUCAAUAAUUGAGGACGUUUAUCUGCUGACGAAAGUCGGUAGAGCUGACAACAGGAACUGCAAGGAUUCAGUGCGGUGCCUUGCGCGUGAACUUGGUUAUAGUGAAGCAGCCUUACGAUGCGCCUAUUACACUCUCUCCUCCCUCAUCCGUCACUUUUCCAUUUGACAACGAGAUCAAAGGGACCGGGAAUGGACUCAGAAGCAGUGCUUGGCAAAGCUAACCAGCCCGUCUACUUGUGACACGAACCGAUCCCUGCUCAAUUUAUCCUAUUCCACAGCUAGCGAGGGUUGUCCGAUCUGAGGUAGGUGAGAGUGUCGUAACGAUCACAUUAGAACAGGCAUUGCAGCUUGAGUCUCAGUCCUAAGACAGGUUCGAGUUAGCCCGUCGAUUGGCAACCGUUCAAACUGCGUCCUUAGCGCGUUGUGAUGGGUUCGGUCGCCUUAACUGCGACAAUAGCAGUCCUGACCUAGCACCGAUGCCCAUUUAAAAUAACCAACACCGAGGCCAUAUACUUGGUCUCUGGCAUGACUUACCACGACCAGCACAAGCAGGUGUCUCAUCAUAUGCCGCUGUCCAGUAUCGUCCUUACAGUCCUACCAACUGUAACUUGGCCUAAUCAGUCAGUAUAUUUGGAGUAAACGACAGAAGCCCUGAAAACUUUAUUUAGAGGUUACAGAUGUAAGAGAAAAUAGUUAAAUUACAAAAUUUUGCUUGCAGUUUUAAUAUGGAGAAUUCAUAAAUCUAAUAAUGUAACAUAAAGGAGAAAGGGUUGUGGUAUUCGCGAACUAAUUGCGUAAAACUUUGUUCCCCUCAUUUGGACUGUGAAAAUUUCCAAACGAGCCAAGUUUAACGCGCAAAAAAGGAUCUGUUGAAAUGCGGUUAGUAGUAUAUUUAUAGUCAUUUUAUUAAUCCGUUUGAUCAGGCUUCGGCAGUUCGGGUUGCCUUUCAGCAGGUGAGUAUCCAGUUGUUUCUUGAACACGUUCAUGGUAGGGGAAUUAACAACAUACUCCGGCUUAAUGACUGCGGUCACCUAGGUGCUGACUGGGUGUGUGCAGUCUCGUACUUUAUGAAGCACUUUCUGUCUAUGUAAUUCAAUCACUUGAUAGAAAAAUUGCUCGAGGCAAAUUUGUUUUUCUGUCACCGAGGUUUCAUUAGAGUUCAUACAUUCCCACGCAUUUUAUUGAUUUAAAAAAUUGCUAUUUCGUCAGAAAAUUAGCGAGGGCGACCGGGAGAAAGAGCAGCGUUCCGACCUUCAACAACGGCUCGCUGCAGUGUGCGCUGAGCGGGACAAACUUUUCGGCCAAUUAGAGUCCUCCAAUCGUAGACUGGAUCUGCUUACGGAGGAGUUGAGGCAGUUGCGCCUACAGCAGCAGCCGCCGCCCCAAUCGGCAGCCUCCCUGUUUCCCCUCUCCGCCUCCUCGGACGCGAUAAUGAAGUCGAGACUCGUGAGUAUGGAGGUCCAACUGAACGCCGCAUGUGCAGCGAAAAAUGAUGCUCAGCUUCAGGUGGAGCAUCUGUCAACUAAAUUGGAGGCGGCUUCCAAAGCGUACUAUGAGGUGAGUUUGUAUGACUGUUUUGCGACCUUCGGAGCAGGCCUCCAUGGCGAUAGCCAGUCUCGCUUGAAGGAGAACGAAAUGCCAGAGAGGGGGGGAGGGAUGUUUAAUAGAAAUCUUCGAUUGAGCACAAACUGGGGUUUGCUGAUAGAAGCGAACAGGCGAGAUCCAGGAAGCAGUUCAGACGACGAAUAUGUGAUCACUGGAACAAGAAAUUUAUUUGCCUGACGUUUCGGAUCCUCACUCGAAUCCACCACCAGAGACAUUCGCAGAUAAAGGUGAUGGUGGCACUAGGAGUGCAGUAUUUAUAGCAAGUGGCUGCCGUGGGACCGUAUGCGCACUGCAAGUAACAGUUCUCGCAAUCACCACUGGGGUCGUAAUUGCUGCGGUGGUGGCUUGUCGGUCCGAGUCCGAGUCGUUAAUGGCCGCGAUUUCGUCAUCCGUCUUGGAUGCUGGUGUGACGAUUGCUCGGCAAACUGGCUUACUGUCACCGUGAUGAUUGCUCGCCCGCGCCCUCCCCACGUGACUGAUUCUCCUGCCCAGGGAAAAUAGCAGUACGGAAUAGGGUACCGGGAGGCCAUUUUGCUUGUUGACGGAUUGCGGGCCUGAGAACCAUGACUCGAGCAGCUCGCGGCUCACGCGGUUGUCACCCCUUGUGAGGAUUUCGGCCUCUUGAAAUGUUAAAAUAUGGCCGGGUGUGUGUGCCGCCACCUGAGAGUUAGCGUCUCCCCGCCUCACUGCUGCUGCGUGCUCGGCAAGUCGCGUACGGAGUAAUCUCCCAGUUUCUCCGAAUUAGUUGCUUUGUCCGCAACUACAACAGAUCCGGUAAACGAGUCCAGACGUUUCCUGUCGUGGCAGUGGGUCUUUUGGCCGCAUGACUUGGCGCCUAAUGGUUGCUUCCGGCCUGCGUGUAACUCCAACUCCAAGUGGAGUUAGAAGACGACUAACGGCUUCCGAGACGUUCUGCACGUAUGGAAGAGCCCGCCAACGUUUGGGGGUGGUUGGAUUUGGUCCCUGGUGUCGUUUUCGUAUGCAGUGGUUGACAAAGUUGCGCGGGUAAUCAUUGGCUCUCAUUACCCGCCUGAUUUUGCACUCCCUCCUUCCAAAAAUUCUUCUCAUGUGUUUCCUUUAAGAUCGAUUCGGAGAGGAAAGUCCAACUGGCUCAACUAGAGGCAAGGCUGCAGGUGGCUGAACGUCGACUCGCCGCCUACAAUCAACUGGAGGAGGAACUCGACAGGGCGAUAGAGGCAUCAGCUGAGCUCAUCCUCGAUGAUAUGCCAGUCGACACGGAGGCCGACGAUAAAUUCACCAGCAGGACCCUACUAAAAAUCGCCAAUCUGGGCGUACUCCCCGUAGCAGCCAAUGGACAGGUACCAUCCACAGGUCCCCUCCUUCCCACACUCGCCACACGACGUCUCGAACACUGUCUGCAAUUGUCCAGAAAGCUGGCCGAGUCGGAACGAGGUCGCUGUGAACUUCAGGCCCAAAAAGAGGAGUCUGAAAAACUGUUAAAGGUAAAUGGCCGACGAAUUUACGUAGUCCUGACUUUUUCGAGUAGAUGGGUCUUUUGUCACGCUGAAGUGUUCCGAAAGGGAAGACGAUGAAACAAGCACGGAUGUCGGUUGGGCAGGGGAAUAACCAUCGUCUGGAUCAUAAUCCUAUAGUGUCUAUUUGUUUGAUUUAAGUAGUCACACAGUCACCAACCGGGAGUGCCUGCGUGACCACCUCCACGCGAUAAAAUGGGUGACUAGUAGAAGACCGACUGACAACCAAGACAUUGGAAACGAUAAGGCGUAAACGCAGACCGGGGGUCUCACCAUCUUUGGCAUGAGGCUGCUAACUAGAAUAAUGUUAGAAAACAAAAGAAGGGCGGAUGUCAACGACAUUGGGGACGGAAAGGGUGAAAACACAGCGGCAACUUUCACAAAACCAACUGAGGACUAGGAAGUUCGUUGGCAUUAACACUCUGACUUUGUUAUUUACUAGCAGCAAAUGGAAUGAAUACUGCGAUGUCCGACUUAGUAGGUGCGCUGGCCAAAACUAGAAACGCAUGGGCUCUCAACGGCGGUCAAGGCGCUAUUCACUGGAUUAGGAAGGAAUCUAGGAAACGGAGCUAACGCGGGGAAUGGCAGCGUUCCCCAAGGACAACUUACGUCCCCCUCUCCGACGCUGUCGGUAACAGGGCUCACGAUCUACAGCUUGAAGCCGCUAAUUAGAUUAGCAGCUGGCAACACCAAGAACAAAAGACAUUUUCCAGCAACCGUAUUGGUGAAUGGUAUAAAGCCGACUGUAGACUAUGAAGUUCAUCGGAAACGUUGUAUACGACGCGCGAAAACAUAGCAGAGAUCAGCUCGGACAACUGGGCGUCAAUCAGAGGGGAGGAAGGGAUGCGGUAAUAGAAGCGAAGAGGCAAGUUCCAGGAAGUGGUCGCGAAGAAGGAGAUAUGAUCGCUGGAACAAGAGCUUUAUUAACCUGACCUUUCGGCAAUUUACCACUCCUAUCUGACUCUGUCUCUGAUGAUGGGUUCGAGUGAGAAUCCGAAACGUCAGGCUGAUAAUGCUCUUGUCCCAGCGAUCGUGUCUCCUUGUUCGCGAAGAAGGUGGUGUUGACGGCAAUUGGCCUCGGAUUAUUGACAAAAUAUAUCAAACUACCUAAAUCAAAUAACUAGACAAUUUAUAGGAAUAUAGUUGCUUUGGAUAUCUGAGAGUACAGUUCUCACCCUGAUUUUUGAAUGUAAUGACAAAUAUGACUGGUCUGUCGAAGUCGAGGAGGGUCACCACCGUCUUGGGCGUUUUCGUGACCUGUGCUUUAACUGGAUGGUAACAAAACUGGCUAAACUUCGACCUCACGGACUCUCAACACGCGCAUUCCGUUCCGAUGUCGAUACGUAGUUAAGAUGAGUCGUGAUUGACGCCAGUGCAGCUGCCGACCUGGCGUAAAGCCAUCACCUAAUCGGGCCACAAAUGUGCUUGUAACUUAACUGACGCGGAGACUCGGAGUUCACAACGGUGCCUUGCCAGAAGUCACAUUAGGAGGGGGGCGUUGCAAUCCCGCUAUCGAUCCAGAGCAUCCAGCUGAUAAAUUACAAAGCCUCUACCUUCUAGAUGUCUGAUUAGGCAUCAUUUGAAUUAUAGUGAUGAAUAGUCUUACAGGAUCGGUCUCUUCCUUGCUAAUCUCAUCAUUUUCGUUAACAACAGCACUAAAUCGAACCGACCGGGGACGGGAUCAGAGGUAAUACGAGACCAAAUAUCUAACUCCCCGUCUCCCGUUUGUGCACACCUGCCGGUAUCCAAAAAACCGUUCUUCGUCAGUACCAUCCUCUGCUAAGCCCGUCUGACCUGGCAUCUUCAGACGGAAAAGCGCUUGCGAUUGUGUUUUUCCAAAAAAGAGGAUAUAUAUCCCCACAGGCUGCCUAGACAAUACAGAUUAUAGUUCUGCGUAAUGGUAAACUGUAGUUGGAUGCAAAAUCCACAUGCGCUUCGUGAAUCGUUAUGCACGACAUUGCCAAUUCGCUCUGACAUUUCUUCCUAGUUGUGCUACUUGCACAUUCAAAGUGCGCGAGCAUUUGAUUUGCCAUCCGCACUUCUUCCACUAUGCUCACAAGCUUAAUGGCGACCCCAAGCUCUGUCGCAAAUGCAAUUCCUCAGUUCACGACGCUUGUCCAGGUUGGGAGGUAAAAAGAGCAUCCACACUUCUAGACCAUCAAAACGCCGUAAAGUUUGUGAGUUGUCGACUGAUGGACCGCUGGGGGGAAGGGUCAUAGUAAUGGUUUCUAUCUGAUCUAAGCCCUCAUCCACGAGUUAUUAAGAUUUGUUUUGUAAAGAAUGGGAUCUAGUCUGUGCAACGCGCGAAAGAGGAUCAUGCCAGGCGAAACACUGCAAAUGACCGUGGCUUGCCGUUGGAAAUGAUGAAUGAGUCCGGGCCUUGUGCACAUCACUAAUGCACUCUCUUGGCCCCUAAAGCGGACCACACAGUGUAUGCGCUGGACCAACACAGGGCUUAGAUGGUAGUCUGGCGAGAGUUACCGGGAAUGCACAGCCACAACGGAUGCCAAUAUUCCAGGUGUGUUGGCACGCCUAACUGCAGGUUUACGCCAAACCAAUUGGAAUCGGGGCCGCCUCACCACUUUCAUGUUAUGGACCAGAGGGUGUGUUGGUACGCCUAGGUGCGGGUUUCGCCAUGCUAGCCACCUGCGGCCUCUUUCGCCUCCGGUUUCCUUGACUCUGGUCUUGAAACCGUCUUAGGGCGGCGGGAAGAGGAAGGACUCCGGUAGGCGCUGCGCAAGUCUACUGUCAGUAUAAACUAAUUAACGCGCAAUUCACCGUCCCCGCUCUCAUUCUGUUUCGAAGUACACGGUGGACAUCGCCGACGUUUGAAAUGUCGAGCUGCAGUCCCUGAGCGGUGGUGGUCCCCGCCAACUGCGACUUAGCUAGGUUCCCCACUCCUUCUACCUCCAAUUCCCUUUUUGGCAUUUCACAGCAUGCCGAAUGAGUCUGGCCUUACACAGCUUCCCUUUUCGGAGGGUUUAUAAACUUCCGCUGUGUUCUGUUUAACAGAAAGCCCAAGAGGAGUGCAAACGCCUGUCCGACCUCCUGGCAACAGUUGACAAGCCCGCCGGUUACUUGGCCACGGCGCUGUCUGAAAGAGAUAAGCGUCUGGCGGAGACACAGCAGCAGAAGAUGAAGCUGGAGUAUAGGCUACGGAGGUUGUACAAAUUCACAAAGGAGAUUGUCCAAGAACGCAACUCCAUGGUGGCAGACGUGGAACGCCUUAUCAGUCAACGACAGGUCAGUCGAGACACUUGAUGCACUUAAAAGUACUUCUGGUCCGUUCAAACCCACUUAUCACUACUUUGUCGCCUAGAGUGUAUCGAAUUCAAAUGAAUAUUCGACGGAGGGCCGUGCGGCUCCCAAGGGUCACAUCUGCUUCCAAAACCUACCGUUUUCACCGACAAACGGCAACUUCAUGAAAAGACUGGACAAGCUGAGUAAACCGUGUCCCGGGGCGGAGUGUUCAUUCAGGCCUCCACCUCACAAUAACCACCAACCAGACGGGUCGGCACUGCACCGGAAAGUCUUUGGUACUUCGUGCUAG